AGAAGUCCCAGAUCAUGGCCCAGGGCAUGCGAGGCAGGUCGCACAGGUAGCAAGACUGUCUUCGGGACGAGGACACCUGCGCCGCCGACAUGAUGCCAGCCUCGGGGAAGAUGGCCCUAUUUGGGGAUGCAUCGGUGAUUGGGAAGGUGAGAGCUCCAAUGUUUGGAGAUCCUCCGUUCCUCUGCUCCUGCAGCAAUACUGUGAUCUCUUGGGAAGAACGGAUCCAGGGAGGUGAGAAAUGGAGGAGAAGAGAUACAGAACUCUGGUGCUAUGUUCAGGGGUGCACUAGCUGCAGAGAACAAGGCAGAGGUGACAGAGGAAAAUCUGAAGUGCUCGUCCUCGCCAAAGGAUGGAGAAGCAUCUCCGGCUGCCCUCAAGACAUUUGCAAGAUUCAAACGGACAAGGUCUCAGCCUGAGAACCCAAAGCCCUUCACCUCUCCUCUGGCCGACCUUCAUCUCCCCAGCAUCCAGGACACACCGCUAAUGUGUACCAGGUGGCCGGAACUAACUCCAGCAGGAUGUGCCCUCUGGAGCCCCAGGCGGGUGGCAACAAGGACCUGGCAGGCCUGCUCAAGCCAGCCCUCAGCUAGUAGGAUUUCCAGCUCCGGUACAGGUGCCCAGGAAAUCUCCACUGCGGAGCAGAGACUCAUGGACAGACACCCCGUGCUCCCGAGAGGGCCUGGAGUGGCCUUGUGCAUGUGCAAUCCCAAUACCGGGGACCCGGACACAGGUGGAUCCCUGGGGCUUACUGACAGCCAGCCUCGUUUAAUUGGUGAGCUCCGGGUCCCUGUGAGAGACUGUGCCUCAGAAAAAUCAAGGUGCCUGGUAUUCCUGAGGGUAAUAUCUGAGGCUGACCUCUGUCUUCAGACGUACUCAAGCACACACAGAAGGAAAAAGCAAGGGAGGCUAUCAGGCUGUAUAACAGCAUGACACCGUUUUAUUAAUGAAACAAAAGGAGUCUUUAUGAGAUGGAUAUCUGCCAACGUGUUAAUAGCUGAUUUUCGUUGUUUUCUUUUGGCUUAUCUGUGUUUCCUGUUGUUGUUUUUUUUCAAUGAAUAUCAAUUAUUUGCAUGGUUUUAAAGAGCAAUAAAAAUAAAUCA